CAGGUUGACUUCAACCACGUGAACCUUAAGACCUGCUCGACCCGCCCUCUUCUGACAUAAUUCAAAAUGGCAGCCACCAUCGGUAGACUCCUCGGGACCUCUGCAAGGGUUGCAGCUGGAGGGUUAAAGGUCACAGCAGCCUGUCAACAUGGACUAUCUGGGUCUGCAAGAACUCUCAUGAGUCCGGCACUUCAGAAGGCCUGUUUCUCUACCAGCACAUCCAAAUGGGCCGCUGCUGUCACUCAACCGGCUCCAGCCUUUAAGGCCACAGCAGUCAGCCACGGGGAGUUCAAGGAUUUGAGCCUCGCUGAUUUCAAGGGAAAAUACCUGGUCCUCUUCUUCUACCCACUGGAUUUCACCUUUGUGUGUCCAACAGAAAUCAUCUCAUUCAGUGACAAAGCCAGUGAGUUCCACGAUGUAAACUGUGAGGUGGUGGGUGUCUCUGUAGACUCUCACUUUACUCACCUGGCAUGGAUCAACACUCCACGCAAGACUGGAGGCUUGGGGAACAUCCACAUCCCUUUGCUGUCAGACCUCAACAAACAGAUCUCCAGAGACUACGGGGUGCUGCUGGAGGGUCCAGGCAUUGCACUGAGGGGCCUGUUCAUUAUUGAUCCAAAUGGUGUGGUGAAGCACAUGAGUGUGAACGACCUUCCCGUGGGUCGUUGUGUAGAAGAGACACUGCGUUUAGUGAAAGCCUUCCAGUUUGUGGAAACCCAUGGCGAGGUUUGUCCAGCCAGCUGGACCCCCAAGUCCCCAACGAUCAAACCAACCCCAGAAGGUUCUAAGGAGUACUUUGAGAAAGUCAACUAAGACAAAGAUGACAGCUCUUCCAAUCCAAAACCUGUGUACACUUAGUUUACCAUUUAAGUUGUCUUUACUCGUACAAAUCAGAACACACUAAUAAAUCUAUUCUUUAUAAAAUAAAGCUUUUUGUGUAUCAUGUG